ACAUUUAUUCAAAAAUGAUUACUUUCUUAUCACGACGACUUAAUUUGCACAAAUUUGUUUGUUUGUUUGGCAUAUAAGCAAACAAGGUUGGCUUUACGAAUUAUAGAGACAAAUGUAAACACUCUGACGUCACAAAAACUGCUGGUCCUUAACAAAUCGCAACGUAUUGCAAAUGUGACGUCCCGCUCACUUACUCACCACAGAAAUCUUGUGACUUACAUCAAACACACCACAGCAAAAGUAUCGAUGCUGUCUAAUUGCGCGGGAACUGUUUGUUAUCGAUUUGUACUGUUUGUUAGUUGUGCUGUUCUAAUUGUUUUUGUUUUUACAAAUAGUUUUGCAAGUUUAUCUGCCUUAUCAUGGGCAUUACCGGUCUUAUACCGUUCCUGGAAAAGGCAUCAGCCAAGCUGCACUUGAAGGAUAUACGAGGUAGCACAGUUGCCGUCGAUACUUACUGCUGGCUACACAAAGGUGUCUUUAGCUGUGCGGAUAAAUUGGCGCGUGGUGAGGAUACGGAUCAAUAUGUGCAAUACUGUCUGAAGUAUGUGCGCAUGCUGCUUUCGUUUGACAUAAAACCAAUAUUGGUGUUCGAUGGACAACAUUUGCCGGCCAAGGCGCUGACCGAGCAGCGACGUCGCGAAAACCGUCAGCAGAGCAAGAAACGCGCACAGGAACUGCUGCGUUUGGGUCGUGUGGACGAGGCGCGUUCACAAAUGCGUCGCUGCGUUGAUGUGACACAUGAGAUGGCAUUGCGUUUAAUAAAAGAAUGUCGCAGCAUCAAUGUGGACUGCAUAGUAGCGCCCUAUGAAGCGGAUGCACAGAUGGCCUGGCUAAACAAAGCGGGCAUGGCUCAAUAUAUAAUAACAGAGGAUUCGGACUUGACGCUCUUUGGCGCACAGAAGAUAAUAUUUAAGCUGGAUUUAAAUGGCGGCGGCUUGUUAGUUGAUGCACAGAAGCUUUACCUGGCCAUGGGCUGUCGCGAAGAUCGUUAUCAUUUUGACAAAUUUCGUAGGAUGUGUAUACUCUCCGGUUGUGACUAUCUGGACUCUCUGCCUGGCAUUGGCCUGGCCAAGGCAUGCAAGUUUAUACUUAAAACGGAGCAGGACGAUAUGCGUUUAGCAUUAAAGAAAAUACCGCAAUAUCUGAACAUGGCUAAAUUAGAGGUAGACGAUGAAUAUAUAGAAAACUUUAUUAAAGCUGAGGCCACCUUUAAGCAUAUGUACAUCUAUAAUCCGCUUGACCGUCGUAUGGAACGUCUUUGUGCGUUAGAGGAUUAUGCUACGGAGGAACGCUACUGCAGCAAUGCGGGUUCAUUGCUAGCAGAUAGCUCUAAGGCGCUGCAAUUAGCGCUUGGCAAUCUCAAUCCCUUUACACUUAAGUUGCUGGACAAUUGGCUGCCCGAACAUGCUGCUCACCAAACAGCCAAGCAGACGAGGCGUGCCAAACACAAAAGCAUUUGGCUAGCAAACUCUAACGAGCAGCCUGCCAAAGUUGCCACCAAGCAAACUACCUGUGCUUUAUACUUUAAGAAAGUGGAUUUUGUGGCACAAACUAUCGAGCAGGAUAUAGCAGACAAUCAACGCUUGGAGCUGGCCAAGCUUACAGAAAGUGAAUUAGCCAACAUGUAUGCCAUGGGCAUUAAACGCAAGCGCAGCUGGAGCAGCAGUAGUGCCAAUUCAACGCCACCUGCAACACCAGAGCGACAGAAGAUUCAACGGCAUAACCCAUUUGCCAAGGAACAGCAACGUUCACCGCGUGUAUGUGAGAAUGGUUCAUUAUUGCGUUUGCUCAGUCCCAAGAAGGAAAGUCCCGUCAAGGCGUCAGAGACGACACGCGUCAAUGCAAUCAAACGCAGCAUUUUUGUGGAAGUGAGAAGUCGUUUCUUUAGCACAACUACAACAAGCACCACAACAAGAGAGGGGUUAGAUGAGCAGCAACAAUGGAAACUUGCCAGAUUAGAUUUGGAGUCAAACUCAAGAGAGACAACUGAAGAGCAAAUAACUGAAGAAGAUACAACUCUAACGAAAACAGACGACGUUGUGCUCAUACCAUCUGACGAUGAGGAUACAUCAGCGACACUGCCCAGCAGCCAAGAAGCUGCUUUGCCCAGUAGGCCACUGGCACCACCUUUGGCCACAACUGCAAGGCGCGUAGGACUCUCCAAGCCGCGAGCAAACAAACGAAGCAAUACCAGUAUUAAAACGCCAGAAAAUCAAACAAAACUUAGCAUGUUUGGUUUUCAAAAGCGACCAGCUCUGAAAUAGUCGAGUUAAAGUAAUUUAUUUAUAGCUGUUUUUUUGUACUUAAACGAUUCUUGCAAGAAGCUGCCAAUGGAAACUUUUAUAUAAAUAACUAUGUAUUUUUAAACCAUUUCUGUUUGUUGUAAUAUACGCACUUCAGUAGUUAAGAUAACAACUGAGGAUGCUGUCAAGGUGACUGACAACUGACAGCACAUAGCCGUAAAUGUUACGCUCAAUUGCGCACCGCUUACAACAACAACAACUUUAAUUAAUGUGUGUUUGUAUAUAUGCAUUGCAUAUACAUAUAUGACUAUUAAUAGCCUGGCCCUUGCCUUUUAUGGAAAAUUCAA